AUGGCUCACCAAGAGACCAGCCGACAUUGUGGGUUUCUGCAGACCGGUGGACGCGAUCCGUAUGCUAAUUGGCCUCCGCAGACCCCUCUAGAUGUCUUGUCGAGUCUCCCUUCUCUCCCGUCCUCCUUGCCCGCAUCCGAGUCCAUUCCUCUCCUCCUCCUCACCCCAAGCUUUGCCCCAUGGCUCGAUCCCAGUAGCGAUUUCCUCCAGCAAUGGGUAGGCCGGCUGUAUGGUCCUUCUUCCCCGUCGCCUCUCUACGCCGUUGCGGCUGUUGUGGAUAAGCUUCCCGAUCCUCAACCGGCAUCAGUUGAAACGGCGGUGGAAGGUCUGUCUCUUCUAGUGGUGGGCAAAGAUGGCGUACAUGGGAAAGCGGCGUCGCCUCGUCAGAUCAGGGGCUCUGGGGUUGAAGAGCCUGAUAUUUUGAUCUCGGUACAAAGCAAGGCCCAAAAAAGUAGCAGCUCGCUGCCCUACGAGAUUGGACUGAGGCUUGCAAAUACCGUCUUCGUCAAUGGCAGGGAAACCACGCUGUUCGGCAUGCGUUGGGCUUGGGACAGUGCUGUCAACAAGUAUACUCUGGACGCAUCCCUUGAUCUCAGAAGCUGCCUGGUUGCAGCUGUUUCUCCAGUCGCCGAGCCUCAACUACAGCUACCUUUGCACCCUGUCACCGAGCGGAGGAAAGUCCUCGCCAGUAUGGGGAAUAUCCUUCGCCAGGUAGCCACAUCCACCGACGCAGCGUCCACCAAGCCGAUGCCCGCGUCGACUGAAUUGGAAAAGACGCUCCCGCGCUACCUGGAAGAGCACAAUAUCGUCGACCGGCGCGUGACGGUCUGGGCGCUGGUUGAACAGCCAGAUAAUCUUUCCCACCGCGGAUCACCGCACGACCGGAUUAUCCGCUCUCUGUGCCAGGGUGGUAAGCUGCACCGUGUGAUGAGUGGUGGGGGCGGAUGGGGCAAGAAACAGGGCCUUCUGUCCCUGGACCCAGAAGUAAGCUUUUCCACCGCGGCCUCCCGCGAUAAACUUGCAGCCCUGGAUGAGUUGUUCGACUCUGGUGCUGCAGCGCCGGAUUUGCCGGCUUUCAUGGGUGGCGAUGAUCUGUCUCUCCUGUCGCAAGUCGCCACGGCGGGUGAUUUCAUCCAGUUCUUCGUGUCUGUUGAACCCACCAAUUCCCCGGACGACCUCUCUGGGCGCCCGGUCACCUACAGCUUUGGAAUUGUCUCUGACAUUGAGGAGCCCGAAUUACCGGAUGUCGAAGGAGAACCGGGCCUGGUAGCCAUUCCAGGUUUCUUUGGUGCAUUGUCCGAGAAGGCGAUUGCAUACUCGCAGCCGGUGCCGCAGGGCGAGACGAUGGCGCCGUCCAACACCAAGCUUGAUGUGCCGGGGUGCCGAGUGGACCUCCACUCUGUAUUUUAA